CCCCCAUUAUGGACGACUCAACACCAGCGUCCGUUCAGAAUGGAAUGGACGUCGACACUCCCCCAUCUGUGACCAGCACUCCUGCUGUCUUCUCUCUCGAUUCCGAAACUUUCAAGAAAAUCCAUCCAACAGAAUACCAUCGCCGCUUUCUAUCUCAAGGCGUACGACCGGACGGCAGGACUUUGUCAAGGUUUAGAAAAGCCAAAAUUACUGUUGGUGCGAUAACCACUGCACAUGGGUCGGCUAUGGCGAGGUUGGGAGAGACAACGGUGGUGUGUGGGAUAAAAGCAGAAAUAACAGAGCCAAAAACUGGCGCGCCGAGGGACGGCUUUAUAGUUCCAAAUUUUGAUCUGCCACCUCUAUGUUCUCCGCAAUUCAAGCCAGGACCGCCGUCCGAACUAUCCCAAAGUAUCAGCGAAUACAUCAACCGAGUACUGGAAAGUUCGAAACUGUUAAACCUAUCGGAUCUCUGCAUAGAGGAGGGACGUGCGGUUUGGGUCUUAUACGCUGACAUAGUCUGCUUGAACUAUGAGGGAAACGCGAUGGAUGCGGCCAUGCUUGCUUUAGUGGCUGCUUUGAAACAUGUUCGACUACCCACAGCGACAUUUUACGAAGCAGACAACGCUGUCAGAGUAAAGGAGCAGCGAACAAUUCCGCUUAAACUCUCACGAACACCAAUAUCUGUGACAUUCGGUGUCUUCGAUGGACAAUUCAUCCUUGCCGAUCCCGACAUCGAAGAAGAACCCCAUCUCUCUUCACAGCUGACUGUGAUUAUCGAGCAAAAUGGUGGUCUUUGUGGGAUGUUGAAACCUGGCGGUUCUGCAUUGGGUCAGGAGACAUUAACAAGUUGUUUGGAGGCAGCAAGAACCAGGGCUACGCAUAUACUAGGGAUUUUGGAAGGGGCUUUAGCAGAGCGAUGAGGGCUUAAUAUAUUUAUGAACAUAUGGGCACUGUCAUGACCCAC